AUGUCCGCACCCACAAAGGCCGAUGGCCAUGGCCAUGAUGAACCAACCUUCAUCAGAUACUCAGCAAACAUGGCUGCCACUAUGGAGAAAGACACGCCGCCUCUCAAGGCAGUCCAGCUCGAGUCGCUGGUCGUCAUGAAAGUGAUCAAGCACUGUGCCACGCGCUUCCCUACCGUCGCGACAGGCUCUCUCGUUGGUAUGGACAACAAUGGAACCCUCGAAGUCACCAAUUCUUUCCCAUUCCCCGUCGUCGACUUGCCGCCAGAGGCGCAGUACGAGCAACAGCACUUCAAUAGCGCUGCUGCUGCUCCUCGCGCAAAGUCAAACACUCAAUACCAAACCGAGAUGAUCAAAAUGCUUCGCGAAGUGAACGUCGAUGCAAACAAUGUGGGAUGGUACACGAGCGCCAAUCUGGGUAAUUUCGUCACCACGAAUUUCAUCGAGAACCAGUUCCACUACCAGAAAGAGUUGAAUGAGAAGACCGUCGCGCUUGUCCACGAUGUCAGUCGCAGCUCGCAGGGCAUUCUGAGCAUCCGCGCGUUCAGACUCUCCCCCCAGUUCAUGACCGCCUACAAGGAGAACAAGUUCACCACCGAGAACCUCCUCAAAUCUGGACUGAAGUACACUGAUAUUCUUGUGGAACUUCCGGUCACCGUUCACAAUUCUCACCUCGUCACCACCUUCCUUCAACAGAUCCCCAAGAUGAUCGCGAGUGGCAUCAUGAGGCCCCCGACCUCCGUCGCUGAGAUCGAGAACAACCCAGCCUUCAAGAACGACACUCUCGCUCCUAACUUCGAGAACCUCUCCAUCUCCAUCGAUCCGUACUUGUCCCAGACUGCCGACAACCUUCUCGACUCGGUCGAAACCCACCAUGUCGAAUCCAACAACUUCUCCUACUACCAACGUGCCAUGGCUCGAGAGCAGGCUAAGAUUCAGCAAUGGCAGACUAAGCGCAAGGCCGAGAAUGCAGCACGAGCUCUCUCAAAGCAGCCACCAUUGCCGGAGGACGAGUACCUGAGACUUUUCAAGUUGCCUACGGAACCAAGUCGCUUGGAGAGCAUGCUGAACAGCCGACAAGUCGAACAGUAUGCGCGCCAGGUUGACGGCUUUGUCGCUGGUACAACUGGAAAGAUGUUUGCUGUCCGUGGCAAUCUGCUUCCGAACGAAGGAAAAGAGGAAUGAACUCGAGAUGAAUGAUUCUGAUUGAGCACGAAGUGGAGUGAACAGCGGAAUGAUCAAAGUCGAUGCACAGUGAGAUGGACUUACCUCGACACUGUAAUUAGCAUGACAUACCAUAGCAUAGCGUCAGGCGUUUUGGCGUUUGGCCUGGAGGACACCACGUCCAAACAGAGAUACGGCUGGGUCAUGUGUCUCAAAGGGCACUUUUCGACGAGGCAUCAAAAGUUCUAGGAUAGAAAUGGCGGUUUCCUCAGAUAUGGAAGUCUCAGAGCUCCGGUGGUUGACUGUCAUAAGACGGAAAAUGAAGCAUCAAAGAUCUCUUUAUUUG